AUGGUGUUUUCUUCUAACCCUUUCGCGCUAAGCGUUCCCGAACCCGCCUUCGAAUCAUGGCUUCGCGACACCGGCUACCUCGAAAUUAUCGACCAACGCACCACCGCCGCCGCCGAAGCAACCACCACCGUUGACUCCAACUCCUCCCCAUUAGUUCCCGUCACUUCCAUCUCCUCCCGACUUCUAACCCUCUUAUCCUUCCUCACUCUCAAUCCCUUCGCCAAACUCACCGCCGAUGAUUUCACCGGCGAUACUCCUUCCUGGUCACGCUCCUUCGUCGGCUCCCCUUCGUCCUAUUCCUUUCCUUCUAAUCCAUCACAAGCUCGCUUCCGUGUUCACGAAAACGUUAAGCGCUAUGCUCGUAAUUACGCUUAUCUCUUCGUGCUUUUCUUUGCUUCUUCACUGUAUAAGAUGCCACUUGCUCUUGUUGGGUUGAUAUCAUGUUUGGCAUUGUGGGAUUUCUUCAAGUUCUUUAGUGAGAGAUGGGGAUUGGAUCAAUAUCCUGUCAUUCGGCAGUGCUUGCUUCGCAUUGCCCAAUUUGCAACAGCAGUUAUUCUAAUAUUUUCCAAUGUUCAAAUGGCUCUCUUCUGCGCCAUAAGUGUCAGCUAUGCAGGAGUGAUACUGCAUGCUGCAUUUCGGAAGUUGACCCCUGCAAGCCGACCUUCCUUGGUCAGAGGAGGAUAG